AUGGAUCUUCUUCACAGCAAUGGAGUGCUUAUCAUUCAGCAUUUACAGAGGGACUACAGGGCUUACCAGGAUUUCCUUAAUUUUAUGUCACAUGUUGGUGAUCCCCGGAAUAUAUUUUCAAUUUAUUUUCCUCUUUGGUUUCAGCUCAACCAAGUGGUUGGUACUAAAAUGAUAUGGGUGGCAGUCAUUGGUGAUUGGUUCAACCUCAUAUUUAAAUGGAUUUUAUUUGGCCAUCGCCCAUACUGGUGGGUGCAGGAAACAAUGAUUUAUCCUAAUCAGUCGAGCCCAUGCCUCGAGCAGUUUCCUAUCACAUGCGAAACUGGACCAGGAAGCCCAUCUGGACAUGCCAUGGGAUCAUCCUGCGUCUGGUAUGUAAUGGUCACAGCAGCACUUAGCUACACAGUGAGAUGGAAAGAUAAAUCAGCUGUUACCCUCCACAGACUAACAUGGUCAUUCCUCUGGAGUAUUUUUUGGAUUAUCCAGAUCAGUGUGUGCAUCUCAAGAGUAUUCAUAGCAACACAUUUCCCUCAUCAAGUUGUUCUUGGAGUAUUUGCUGGCAUUCUUGUGGCAGAAGCAUUUGAGCAUACCCCUGCUAUUCAGACAGCAAGCCUGAAAAUGUACAUCAAGACAAACUUGUUUCUUUUCAUCUUUGCCCUUGGCUUUUAUCUAUCCCUCAAGCUUCUUGAUAUUGACUUGCUGUGGUCUGUUCCAAAGGCCAAGAAGUGGUGUGCCAAUCCAGACUGGAUAAACAUUGACACAACUCCAUUUGCUGGACUGGUGAGGAACUUAGGUGCACUCUUUGGUUUAGGUCUCGGAAUUAAUUCUGAAAUGUUCAUCACGAGCUGCAAAGGUAAAAAUAGCUGCAAGAUAAGUUUCCGCAUAUUGUGUAUAGCUGCUUCUUUAGCCACACUGCAGCUGUAUAAUUUUGUGAAGAUACCUACUCAUACUGAGUAUUUGUUCUACAUUCUCUCUUUUUGUAAGAGCGCAGCCAUGCCUCUGACUGUAGUUGCCUUGGUUCCCUACUGUGUCCACUCGUUAAUGAGGACAACAGAAAAGAAACUUAAUUAG